AUGUCUGGACGUGGAAAAGGAGGCCAAGGCAAGGGAAAGGCAAUGUCCCGUUCGAGCCGCGCUGGAUUGCAGUUUCCAGUCGGUCGUAUUCACCGUCUACUCCGAAAGGGCAACUAUGCCGAGCGUGUUGGAGCCGGUGCUCCCGUCUACCUGGCUGCCGUGAUAGAGUAUCUGGCCGCUGAAGUUCUCGAGUUGGCAGGAAAUGCCGCUCGUGACAACAAGAAAACCCGAAUUAUCCCACGUCACCUGCAGUUGGCCAUCCGCAACGACGAAGAGCUGAACAAACUUCUUUCCGGAGUGACCAUCGCUCAGGGUGGUGUCCUGCCAAACAUCCAGGCCGUCCUGUUGCCCAAGAAGACCGAAAAGAAGGCCUAAAUUCGAUCGAAGUUCCCACCCUUUAACAAAAUCCGUCCUUUUCAGGACGACCAAUUUGAU